AAGACUAAACCCUAAGAGAAUCUCAAGUUAUUGUUGAAAUGGCGGAAGAGAGCGCCACCGCCGCUAGAAGAGUCCGUAGCCGCCGCUCCCACGGUGGUGAUCGCCGGCUUAGAGUGAAAGGAGAUACAAUCAGCGGUCUACCUGAUGUGAUCCUUCAACAUAUCCUCACUUUUAUUCCAACCAAAUACUCCAUCAGAACUUCACUCUUGUCAAAGCGAUGGAGAAAUGUAUGGUGUGACACACCUUCCCUCUCAUUCAACAGCUCUACAGUACUUAACAACGCUUGGAUUAACCAAACCCCAGCUUUCUACACCGCUCCCAAGAUGAUGCACUUUCACCUCGAAAGCGCCAAGAAGCACGAUGUUCCCCACAUCGACAAGUGGCUAGAGCUCAUCAUGUCCCGGCGCGUGGAGAAUAUGUCCCUGUCUUUCUGGCUUGAAGAGUAUAGUUUUCCUGAUUUCUUCUACGUUAACGCCUCUCUCAAGCAACUCACCUUAAAGUACUGUGAUAUGUCUCCCGAAUGCUCCGUGUCUUGGACAUCUCUCAAGAACCUGUCCUUGGUUGAAUGUGGUGUCUCUGAUGAAUCUAUGGCUAAGAUUCUAUCUGGCUGUCCCGUCCUCGAGAGCUUAACAUUGACUCGCUGCGAUGAACUAAGCUAUCUUGAUCUAAGUAAAUCACCGCGUUUGAGAACGUUAGCAGUAGAGCGCAACAGUUGGAAUACGGGGCCAAAAGAUAUUGACGCACCCCAUAUACAUUAUCUCUAUUUGAGAUACUCUUGGUUCCCAUGUACUUUAGUUGAUGUCUCGUCUUUAACCGAAGCUAAUGUCAACUUUUGCGUUAGCACGAACACGAAAGGAAAAGUAACAUCCAGUGAUAGUACUUUUCUUCAAGCCGAGGUGAUGAAUAUGCUCGAAAAGCUACAGCAUGUAGAGAAGCUUACUUUUGGAACAAACCUUCUCCAGGUUUUAUCUUUUGCCGAGCGUCGUGGUGUUCCAUUUCCGAUGUUCAAGGUCAAAUCAUUGAAACUUAAGACAAGGAUCUUUCAGUAUGUUAUUCUUGGUCUAAAAAGGGUGUUACAGAACUCACAUGAUUUAAAGAAGCUAACAUUACACACAAUCCCUUGCGACAUAAAACUGGAAAAGCAUCUUUACGACUGUUUGGCAUGCCAAGGCUUAAGUGUUCAGUUGUGUCGGAGAUCAAAAGUAGCGGUCCAUUGGGAUGAAGUGUCAAAGCACUUGGCUAUGUUCGUGGAACUUGUGCUUAAAAACACAGAGACAUUAGACAAGAUGUUCUUAGUAUUGGACGAUAGUUACCGUAUGUUCAAAAAGAUGAUUCGAACACUUUCUCGCAACAACAAAGUCUCCAUUGCCUUCUCAGAACAGACUAGUGGUGAAUCAUAGGGUUUAGUCUUUGACUCUUAUUGAGUAUUGUUACGUUGAAUCACUUUUGAAGACCAACUUUUAUUUACUUAUUUUGGAUCAAUUAGGAUUAUACAA